UCAGCCGAGUCAGCCCGUUUAUUGUUUUGGUCUAGUUUGAACAUUUUCCUUCGACUGAUUUUCUUAAAUUUAUUAUUUAUUCAAGUUAGUUACUAAUCUAAGUAUUUAUUAAAAUCACUCUUAUGUGUUGAUCAGUGUGUGACGAGUAAGUGCAAAAGUUUGAAACUCAAUUUGAAAGACAUCGUUAUGGAGCCUAACCGCCGCUUUCAGAAAACUCGCAUCCUCAGCAAGGUGCUACGGUUGCUGAAACAGUGCAAGGUGCCUCAUUUCCAUCCCGUAGAGGUUGACUCCGGUGAGAUACAACAGAUGCAAUGGGACUUGUCCGAACAGCUGGAACGCCUGCUUCCUCGAAUGCUAAGCUGCAUUGAAAGACAUCACCGUACAAUUUUCGAGGAAAAUUGGGGUCAUCUAACCCGGGAAGUUCGCAAAUAUUUCGUGCUUAUAUUCUUCGAACAUAUCGGUACUUCUCACUCGUACGAACGGGCAGAGUAUCAGCCGUACGAGGAUGGAUAUUCAGAUGGCGAAGAUCGGCUGUAUAAAUUCCAGCCUGAAGUGAUUCGGAUCCUGACUUUUGAAUCGAAUGCAAAUAUUCAGGAUUGGUUGUUCCAUUAUUAUGGAACUGAACUGGCCCUGACAGGAUGGAAAUGCCGACCCGGGGAAACCUACGGUUUUAUUCGUUUGUGUCAUUUUUUGCUGGACAACAAAAUACUGACAAUGAUGCCUCUCGGAUCGCGAGUGCUAGCCUUUGGCGAAAAUUUUGCGAAAGAGUUAAUUGGCUAUAGGCCAAUUUUUGAAUACCAGGAACUGGGGCUAACGUUGUUGGAAAGAAUCAUGGCAAUCACUCAUAACGCUGGAAGAUUCACCAAUAAUGCAGAAGAUAUCUUGGUAUUAGUUCUGCGGUACAUCAUGAAAAAAGAAGCUUUCAAUGCUGCAGAAUUAUGGAAUAUUGUGUAUUACGCUGCCAGAUCAUUAACCGAAAGGAAUCAAUCAUUGGACGACGAAAUCAUGCGGACUCUUGUUUCAUUCAUAGUAGAAGAAACGGAGUUCAAAAGCGUUCACAUAACGGCUCUCAUACGCAUGCUUACGUUGGAUGUGCCGGAAGUGAUUGUUAUCGAAACUCACUUCCAAGGCUCUUUUCUGAUAUCUGGAAAAGAACGCUCCUGGGAUGAGUUUGACAAAUAUGUUGUUGAUCGACUGAACCGCGAAAUCGACCCAAAACACCUGAGAAUCUCAGUCCGCUGGCGACUACAGGUAGGGCAGCUUUUACCCAUUCUUCUGGCACGCGUCAUCGAAUGCAACGAACAAUGGAGACUAACGUACUGUUUGAAGACUCUGAAUCUACUGCUGCGGGUGGCGCUUUUCCCCAUUGGGCGGCUCGGGUGGCAAGUGCGGGCCCGUCUGAGAAUGAACUGCCACUUGUUGGCACAAAUUUUUGCUUCCGUAGAAAAGUUUUGCAAUACCUUGGAUCAGCGCUCUUCGAUGGAUGCCCAAGCCUUGCUAGAUGUAUUGCGUUGGGAGGGUGUAUUGCAAUAUUUCCAGUCCCAAAUGGCAACACACAAGGAGCUCCGGAAAAUAUUUACGACGAUCAAUUUCGCAACUAUAGAGAUCCAAGCUAUAUUUUUGGAUAAAUUUUCAAAAAUACAUAAUCCGAGAAUUUGCCUUCGAUACACAGAUUUGAUGGAGGAUAUGCAAUUGCGAAUACAAGGAAUUUUGAUGCUGCUGGAGCGUCUACCAAAUGUUCUGCAACGAUAUGCUGAGAAGCUACAGACGGCAGUCAAAUCUCAAAUACCUACAGAUACCUGAGUCUUGAACAUUGGAGAGUAGUUUGCAAAUAUUCUACUUAGAUCUAGUAUCGGUAAGAGAAAAAUUUUCAUUCUCGCGGUUAACAGUAGACCAAAAUAGUUAUGUUUUUGAAUGUUUUCACAGUGAUUAUUAAAUACAGAACACGAACAAAAAAUAUAUACAGCUACUUUUUUGAAUACGACUUCAACGGAAAUUAUUCUCGAGUAUGUGUUCAAAAAUCGUAAGCAGCGAUGCUGUAAAAUGUCUUG